GAGCCCCACACUACUCUAAGCUGCAAAUAAAAUGUUUUCUCCGCCUUCAUUGGCAUUCUAAACCACACGGUUCUAAAAUCAAAAGAAAGAUGAAGAAGCAUUUAGCAUACACACUUUUUCUAAUUUUCUUUGUGCAAAAAAUCUGCUUAUUUGUUCAAGUUGAAGCAGGGGAUGGGUUCAUUAGAACCCGAGGGAUCCAUUUCAUGCUAAAUGGUGACCCUUUUUACGCCAAUGGCUUUAACGCUUACUGGCUAAUGUAUGUAGCUUCUGACCCAUCUCAAAGAUCCAAAGUUUCAGCUGCAUUUAGAGAAGCUUCAAGCCAUGGCCUUACUGUUGCUAGAACUUGGGCUUUUAGUGAUGGUGGAUACAGGCCACUACAAUAUGCUCCUGGCUCCUACAAUGAGAAUAUGUUUAAGGGGUUGGAUUUUGUGAUAUCUGAAGCAAGAAGGUAUGGAAUUAAGCUUGUAUUAAGCUUUGCAAAUAAUUAUGAGAGCUUUGGGGGGAAGAAACAGUAUGUGAACUGGGCUAGAAGUCAUGGGCAGUACCUCAAUUCGGAUGAUGAUUUCUUCAGAAACUCUGUUGUUAAGGGCUAUUACAAGAAUCAUAUUAGGACUGUACUCAAUAGAUACAACAAACUCAAUGGAGUUGUUUACAAGAAUGACCCUACAAUCAUGGCAUGGGAGCUUAUGAAUGAACCAAGAUGCACAUCAGAUCCUUCCGGAAGAACCAUUCAGGCCUGGGCAACAGAGAUGGCUUCUUAUGUUAAGUCCAUUGACAGAAACCAUUUGUUAGAAGUUGGCUUAGAAGGAUUCUACGGACAAACAACUCCUCAGAGGAGGAAUCUGAAUCCUAAUUUUGACAUAGGAACCGACUUCAUCGCCAACAACCGUAUCCCUGGCAUUGAUUUUGCCACUGCUCAUGCCUAUCCUGAUCAAUGGAUAACAAACUCAAAUGAUCAAGCUCAGCUAUCAUUUCUCAACAAUUGGCUAAACUCCCACAUUCAAGAUGCUCAAUAUAUUCUUAGAAAGCCAUUACUGAUCACAGAGUUCGGAAAAUCUUCGAAAGAUUCAGGUUUCAGCUCCUACCAAAGGGACCUUCUUUACAACACAGUCUAUUACACGAUAUAUUCAUCAGCCAAGCGUGGGGGAGCAGCAGCAGGGGGGCUCUUCUGGCAACUUUUAAGUGAAGGAAUGGACUCUUUUCGAGAUGGAUAUGAGAUCAUCUUAAGCCAGAACCCUUCAACUGCAAAUUUGAUUGCUCAACAAUCUCAUAAGUUGUACCAGAUUCGAAAAAUAUUUGCAAGAAUGAGAAACGUUCAGAGAUGGAAUAGAGCAAAAGCUGCCAGAAGGGGUUGGUCAGAUAGAAAUAGAGGAAGGCGAAUCGGAAACUGAUGAUAAGAUGCUAGGCGAAUCGGAAACUGAUGAUAAGAUGCUAUCUUUCAGUUUGAGCUAUAACUUCUUUUUUAAAUGAAGCAGUUUGUGUGACAGAAAAACUGUCCUAAAGGAUUUUGCAUGACAUAGAUAACAUUUCAUUAAGUGUUUGCAAUAGCCCUUCUUAGAGAUGAUUAUGAUUCAUCCAGGUGGGUUAAUAGAAUACUUAGUACUUGUGGUGUC